AUGUGGAGGAUAUCAACUCGAAGUUGCUGCAGGGUGCAGCCCACAUGCACAGCAUGGAGUCGUAUUCGCGCAUGGAAUCGUUCAAGUCAAGCUCAGUCAUUCAUUCAUCCUACCUUCAAACCAUCCUUAAAAAUUGAUCCUCAGAGGAGGUGGUCGUCAUUUCUCCAGGAUGAGAAAGCGACAACUAUUUAUGCGCUUUCAACGGCCCCUGGUAGAGCUGCGAUAGCCAUAAUUAGAAUUUCAGGGUCAGACUGUAUUCCAAUAUACAAAGCUCUCUGCCCUGGUCGAAAACUUCCAAAGCCCCGUUUUGCAGCUCUCCGUACGAUAUAUGAACCCGGUAAACCAACAUCGGGUGAUAAUAUUUUAGACUCUGGCGCACUCGUGUUCCACUUCCCAGGUCCCAACACAGUCACAGGAGAGGAUGUUCUCGAAUUGCAUGUCCAUGGCAGCCCGGCAGUGAUAAGGUCUAUCCUCAAUGCGAUUCCGAAAUGUGCAGGCACAGAUGGGGCGCCGUCAUCGUCCAUUCGUUAUGCAGAACCAGGAGAAUUUACCCGCAGAGCGUUCCUUAAUGAUCGCCUCGACUUACCUCAGAUUGAGGCACUUGGUAAUACAUUAGCUGCGGAUACGGAACAGCAGCGCCGACUUGCCAUUAGGGGUACAAAUGAUGCUUUAUCUACGCGCUAUGAACAAUGGAGACAACAGCUUCUGUAUGCUCGAGGAGAGCUAGAAGCUCUGAUAGACUUUUCCGAAGACCAACAUUUCGAUGAAUCCGUGGACGAUUUUAUAUUCUCAGUCACCAAACAGGUUCACAACCUACUACACCAAAUUAACCUGCAUAUUCAAAAUGCGGCGAAGGGUGAGCUUUUGAGGAGCGGCAUUAAGGUUGCCCUCCUAGGCGCACCAAAUGCCGGGAAGAGUUCACUACUGAAUCAGGUUGUUGGACGGGAGGCUGCCAUCGUGAGCAGUGAGGAAGGAACCACGAGAGAUAUUGUCGAUGUGGGGGUAGAUCUUGGGGGUUGGCUGUGUAAAUUUGGCGAUAUGGCAGGGCUACGAUCCGAGCUGUCAAAAAGCCAUAUCGUGGCCCAGGGGCAAACGGUUUCGACAAUCGGUAAGGUCGAGGAAGAGGGGAUUCGCCGUGCCAAAGCUCGAGCUCUUGAAUCAGACGUGGUUGUGGUAGUUCUCUCGGUUGAAGGAUCGAGAGAACAAGAAUUGAGUUUAGAGCCAGAGGUUGCUAGCGCUGUCCACAGCUGUCUCAACCUUGACAAAAGGGUCAUAGUGGCGAUUAACAAGACGGAUAGGCUCUCCGUGGUACCGGGAGAUCAUGUCUUGUCUAGCUAUAAGGGUCAGGUGUCUACCAUUUUCAAGGGCCUGAACCCAGAUCUGAUAUUCCCAAUAUCUUGUCAGGAGGCUCAAAACCCCACCGGACGGGAUCCCGGCGGAAUCCAGGCAUUACUCAAAGGCCUAAUUCGAACGUUUGAAGAGAUAUCUACGCCUGUCGGCCUACACGCAGACGGAAAUCAGACAGAUCAACAAUUUGAUAGAUCCUAUUGGGAAGAUUCAUUAGGGGUAACGCAUCGACAAAGCUUUAAUCUACAGAAUUGUGCCCAGCACCUAAACGACUUUCUAUCCCAAGCCAACCAAGGCCCCAUAACGCCCGAUAAUGCCGUUGAUAAUAUUAAAAACAACAUGAUAGUAAAACAAGUGGAGAAAGACAUCGACAUCGUGACGGCCGCCGAACACCUGCGGUUUGCAGCCGAAUCCCUUGCGAAGAUCACCGGCCGUGGUGAAGGUGGAGAUGUCGAGAGUGUGUUGGGAGUGGUGUUUGAAAAGCAGGUUCCCAUUCUUAUCGUCUCGUGUCAUGCAAAAUAA